UCCAAAGGGUGGCACGGGUGGGCCAUGGACCACCCUAAUAUUUUUCUGUGGCCCAAGGCCCAUCGACGGAUCCGUCCAUUUUCGUUCGGCCCAUUCAUCCGUCUCCACUCUCCAGAGUCCAGACUGCAGCGCCGCCCACUUUCCCAGUCCUGGCGCCGUCGGCCGUCCGCAGUCUGCUCCGCAGCUCCGGAGUCCUGAGUCGGUGAGUCCUGUCCUGCCCCCGCCGUCCGGCCGUCCGCUGUCAGGCGUCAGCAGUUCGCUCCGCGCUCGGCGCUCAGCGCUCGCUGUUGCCGCCCGCCCUGAGGAGCCGUGAAGAAGCCGCUGCAGCCGAGAUUUCAGAUCUCAGUAAUUCUAUAUUCUGAUCAAAUAUAAUGAUAUUUCCGGCGAUCCUCACAUUUGUUCAAAUGAAGAGAGAUAUAGCAAUUGUUGCAUCGACACUUUCCAAUUGACACAUUUGUUCAUAUCAGCCUGAAGGCUCGCUGAAGCUGCAAACUAAGGUGAUGAUCGAUUCAAGUGCUGACCAGUGAGUCUGUGAGUGUCUGAGUGAUAUGAACCAGCUCGACUGCUCGACCAGCUUGACUGCUCGAGGCGCUCUCCACCAAGCUCAAGGCCAAGAGCCCAAGACCAUCCGGCCUGCGCUGAGCCAAUUGUUGCAACAUGAAGAGGAAUGGAGACAUUGCAUCUCUUUUUCGGAAACAUAGAGCAAAGAAGAUUGCCUCUUCUUCAUCUCCUUCUUCGGUUGGUGUUGUGGCAGAAGAGCAAACUCAAGAACAAGAAGGCACGCCAGAGCAAGAGAGAGUAAUUGAAGAAAUUGUGAAUCUGAUGCCAUCUUCUCCACCAUCUGUUCCACUUGAAGAUGUCUCACCACUACCACCGAUUUAUGAUAUUAAUCGCCUUCCACAUGAUCCCGGGGAAAGACUGCCCAUUGUAAGUUAUCCUAUCAAUGAUCAAGAUGCAAUUCGAAGAGCAUAUAGUCUUAAAGGUCCAUUCCAACCUUAUGCGCAUGAUUUUGCAAAAAGAAAAAUUGGAAAUAGAGAUCGACAAUUCACUCCUUUAUGGUUUCAUAAAUAUCAUUGGCUUGAAUAUAGUAUCAAGAAGGAAUCUGUAUUUUGCUUUGUAUGCUACUUGUUCAAAAACGAAAAAAGUAAGGGCAAGGGGACUGAUGCAUUUAUUAAAGGUGGUUGGAGAAAUUGGAAUAGAGGAGAGGAAGCACUUGAUAAACAUGUGGGUGGUGUAACAAGUGUACACAAUGCAGCUCAAGAGAGAUACAACUUAUUUAUUAAUCCUAGUGCGGCAAUUGAUAAUCAAAUUGUGAAGCUGAAUAAUGAGGAUCUACGUCUUUACAAGAUCAGAUUGACUUAUUCACUUAGAUGCUUGAAGUUUCUUUUGCAUCAAGGAUUAGCAUUCCGUGGACAUGAUGAAAAUGAAGAGUCUAGCAAUAGAGGAAACUUCCUUGAACUUUUGAAUUGGCUUGCAGCAAAUAGUGAAGAGGUGAAUAAGUAUGUUUUGAAGAAUGCUCCAGUGCACACUUGAUGCUUGUCAUUCUUGGAUACACAAAUGAUUUGUCCCAGUGUUUGCAAAGAAGAGAUCAAGAUAUUCUUAAUGCAAUGACACUUGUUAGUUUGGCAAAGAGUAGAAUGCAACAAUUGAGGUCUGAUGGGUGGGAUGCAUUCAUUCAAAGGGUCACUUUGUUUUGCAAUAAACAUGGCAUCGAAGUUCCUGUAAUGGAGGGUAAUUAUGUGCCUUAUGGAAGAUCAACACGGUUUGCUCGAAACCAAACAAAUGAUGACCACUUUAGAAGAGAAGUAUAUAUUGGAGUGAUUGAUCAAAUUAAUCAAGAGCUUGACAAUCGGUUUGAUGAGGUUAAUAUGGAGUUGCUUUCUUGUAUGUCGGCCUUGAAUCCUGCCGACUCAUUUGCCUCUUUUGAUGCAGACAAGGUACAUAGACUUGCUGAGUUUUACCCUAAUGAUAUUUCAAGCACUGACUUGAUAAGACUUGAAAUGCAACUUGAUAACUAUAUUGAUGAUAUGAGGAGAGGUGAUAGCUUCAAAGGCAUAGACAACCUUGUGGACCUCUCAAUUAAGCUUGUUGAAACAAAGAAACAUAAAGUUUAUGAUUUGGUGUACUUGCUUCUCAAAUUGGUAUUGCUUCUACCGGUGGCGACGGCAAGUGUUGAAAGGGUAUUUUCUGCAAUGAGUUUAGUCAAGAGUAAGUUGAGAAAUAGGAUGGGUGAUAGUCUUUUGGAUGAUUGUCUAGUCACGUUUAUUGAGCGAGAUAUUUUCUCCAAAGUGAAUGAAGAUGAUAUAAUCGAGACUUUUAUGACUAUUAGAAGGCGUAAGACCAACAAAAAUUAGUAUUGUAAUCUUCUUUGAGACUUGUACCGUGUUUUUUAUAGUCUUUAGAUG